UCGCAUUGGUGAGAACUGUACGUUUUAGAUGGAAGUGCAAGAAUGAGCUCCUUUGAAAGUGUGUAAUUUGAUCAUUGUUCGUUGAGGAUUUUUGAAAAUUCUGCUCAUGCUUCCCAUUGUAGCAAUUCGUAAGUGGAGUUAGAGUAUGGAUAGAUAUUUUGCUUUUGUAGCUCAGGUUGCUCCUGGAAGUUGUGGCGAUUGCGAACGGCGCGAGAAUUUCGAGAUGUUUCAUUUGUAGUGGUCGUUCAAAUUUUGGAGCGGGCUGUGGUGGAUUGGUGUGGAUUCGCCGAGGGUUUGUUUCCAGAAAUGGCGCCGACGAAGUCCGUGACAAGGUCAGGGAGGACCUCCACGUUCACAUGGCACGGCGAUGUAAAUCCAAUGCGGGCGCCAUUGGCGCAGUGGACGGAUAUGGAGAGCAGUAAUGGAAGUUCAGGUGACGAGUAUAGUGAUGCAACCGACAAUGGAGACCGAAUUAGGUGGAGGGGCAGGCUUGAGAAAGGGAAUGAGGACAGUGAGAUGAGUGACAUUGGCGAAUGUGAUGAUCGAAGGAGGUUUAGGAAUAAUAUUGUGAAAGUUCAGUACGACAGUGACAGUUGCUUGACGCCACGAUCACGACGGACUCUGCGAAGGACAUUAUCAGGCAACACUGAGCCAUGGCCAAGCGUUAAAACGCCAUCCAAACCCACGCUGGACACCAUUUUCAGUCCUACUCAUGAAAUUCUCCACCCCUUACAAUCAUUGCGAAGAGAGAGAUCGGUUACAAUCAGAACAGUGCAAAGCGAAGAAACCACAGCUCGCUCUACCAAUGAUGGUCUCAUGUCCGUCAAGGCACGACCGAAUCCUGACAAAUGUAGAAGCUUUCCGUCAAGUAAACCACGGUCGGAGUGUACGAAUUCUUUCCAUUACACGUCUUCGACGCUACGGUCGAAUCCUACCAAUUUUCGGAGCCCUGUAUGCUUUUCACCAAAACGAAACUCCGACGAAGUUGAUAACUUAGAUUCCCUGACGCCAGUUGUUAAUUUUUCCGGGUUCAAACGCUUUGAAUCCACCAGGCCGCGAUCGACUGUAGCAACUACCAUGGAAGAAGAGAAAUUGGAGCAGAAACAGAGUCUCAUCGAUUUUUCAGAUAAUGAGGUUGACAGUUCGCCACCGAAGACAUUCUAUGAGAAUAUCAAGUCCACGACAGGAGUAGCGACAGCGCUGGCACCAAACAUAGUGGCCAUCGUUGUGAACGCUGAGAAGAAGCUCACGUUUGUUGCGUUGGACUGGGCGAUCAACGUUGCAGUUCGACCUGGGGACGAGGUCAUCGUUCUUGGUGUUCUGAAGCACAUCUCUAGUCCAACAGUGGGGUUCAAGAUGCUGGCGAACACAGAUCCAUUGAUUGGAGUGAACAAGGAGAUCUUGCAAGCAAGCGUGUCCAAGGUAGAAGAAAUUUUUGAGCAGAAAUUGGUUGACAGCGGCAGACGAGAAGAAUGUGAGAAGAAACAGGUCAAACUCACAGUGCGAAUAGCACCAGGCACGCGCACUCGAGUGGUGGUUGUGCGAGAGCUCUCAAAUAUCAAAGCGACAUAUGCAAUUUUUGACAGGAGGGCAAUGAGGAGUAGACGCUACUACAGCAAGCAUCUCUCAUGUCACGCGGUGCGCAUGCGUAAGAACGGACGCUCCACAAAAACAAUCACUCUGGUACCACACAAGGGAUUUCUCAAGCCAAGAUCACCGAUCUCAUGCAUCUCCUCGAGCUCUGUCUCUUCCAGGAGCACCAACCGCGCAAGCUCCGACUCACCAACUGCAACUUUCUGGCGAAGACUUACUACCUUCAGGUCAAGUCGUCACAGCUGGGGAGGCUACCCUCGAGGCUCCUCUGUUAGCCGUGGGUCGGACGCCCUGUCCCCCUCCGAUACCACAGAACUGCACCAACAGUUCGACGACCUCUCAUCUGCGCUUAAGUCGUUCAGCUUAGGCGAAGUGACGCCCAAGUCGUGGAUCACUGCUGAUGCGCAUUCGCACCCGACGAAUCGCUCUGCAAUAUCAGUCACCAUGCCCCCGUCGAUCUGCGCCACAUGAGAGGUUGGAUUAGUUGUAGCUCAUAGGUUCCAGGUGAAGCUGAGGAUGUAGGGUUUGGAUUCGCUAAGGAUUGGUAGAGUGCAUUGCCGGUUAGACGUUCCACCCCUAGGGUGCUGGUGUUUUUAUCUUCAUAUGAAAGACCCGGGGUUUUUGAGCAACCUCUCGGGUUACUGGUUCUUAGCGUUGCAGGGAGUUCCUGGAAUCAAUUUUGUCUCGACGUGUAUUAUAUGUACAGUAAAUAAACAACACGACCCAUACUUGCCGUGUAUUUGUGUGCAGGAAGCUGCACCAGGCAUUGGAUAGUAA